AAACAACAUCCUUGUCCAAUUGCAUAUAAGAAUCUCUUACAAAUUCUUCCUCGCUAGUUUAAAAAAAAAUCAACAAUGGAUUCUACAAAAACCAUAACUUUCUCUCUCCUAGUUUUCUCUCUCUUAAUCCCAGCGAGGACCUCCGUUACAUGCAAUAACGCCGGUUGCCGACGUGGCGACCCGGUGAUCCGUUUCCCUUUCCGGGUCAAGGCUCGACAACCCGAAUCAUGCGGCUACCGCGGCUUCGACUUAACGUGCGAUAACGCGGAUAACGCCACAACCAUAUCGCUACCGUCGGGAGAUUUCACCGUCGAACAGAUCGACUACGCGGCUCAGGAGAUUUGGAUAAACGACCCCGACAACUGUCUCCCUCAACGGAUCCUAACGCUGAACCUCUCGACGACGCCGUUUAGUAGCGUUUACUCGAGGUCCUUCAGUUUCUUCAACUGCUCAACUUCAGACUAUCUCCGGUUCCGGCCGUUGAACCCCAUAGCGUGUUUGAGCAGCGAAAACAGCACGGUGUUCGCCACCGCUUCGCCUAGGGUGGUUAAUUUCUUGUCACAGACGUGCCGUUUUGUGAAAAGAGUGGAUGUUCCGGUUUUGUGGGGGUUUGACGAGCAGAUUGCGUCGUCGGACCUGAGUGAAAACCUCUGGCUGACUUGGCGGGUCCCGAGAUGCCGUGGAUGUGAGAUCAGAGGAGGUCGUUGUGGGCCUAAGAGUAAUUCCACCCCCGAAAUCGUUUGCUCUAAUGUUCCCAAGUCAGGAAUUCCGAUGAGAGCUCGGUACGCCAUAGCCAUCGGAGCCGGCAUCCCGGGAACGUUAUUCCUCUUCGGCUUGUUCUGCUUCAUAUGCGGCAAAAUCAAAUCCUUCAUCAAACGACAUCGUCUUGGCCCAGAUCCAGACCAAAGCAGUCCGGCCCAUUUAAUCCAGCCCAAUGUAAUCAUAUCGGGCCUAGAUGGGCCCACGAUCGAAUCGUAUCCGAAGAUCGUGCUCGGAGAGAGCAAGAGGCUGCCGAAGCCGGAUGAUGCCACGUGUCCCAUCUGCUUGUCCGAGUACGAGCCCAAGGAGACGCUCCGCACGAUCCCCACGUGUCGGCACUGUUUCCAUUCGGAGUGCAUCGACGAGUGGCUGAAACUGAGUGCCACGUGUCCGAUCUGUCGGGACUCGCCGGAAAAGUCCUCUCCGGCGCCGGAGGAGAAUCUGGAUUCUUGCUAAUUUAUCGGCGGAAUUUUCUUUUCCUUUUUUUAAUUGGGUCGGUUGUGGGGUUACACUGCAUAUAAAUCACGUGAGAUUAUUAUAAUGAAAUUCUCUGAUGGAAUUUAGACGUGUGAUACACGGUUUUUGUAUGUAUGUAAUGCGAGUCUUGUACCAGACCGGUUUAAAUAGAUUGUAUUGGGGUUGGUACGGAUC